AUGGAUGACUUCUGCCAGCAGACUGUCUCUGAAUGGUUUUUUCCAAAUUCUUCGUUUUCGGUCGGCGUUGGUCCGUGUGCAGCGUAUUUCGAACGUGCGGCAUCGACGCAGAAUGACGGCUACUUGACGCUGUCGGGGUUGCAGUUCAGAGGACAUGCAAUGUUCUCAUCGGUCGACUGCCCAUGGGAUAUGGCCGUAGUUGAGUACUGCUGGCUCACGGAGAUUUUAGUUGGUGAGGUCGGCGUCGAUAAGCUUAUUAUCACAUUGGUGAACUUUCUGGAUACAUUGCUGUUACUUGUCAUUGCGAAGGAUGACGCAAAAAUCGUCCCAGACAGGUUCAAGUUUUGUCAGCAUGGGCAAACAAGUACAGUGUGCUCAGUAGGAUCCCAGCCUGGUCGUCCAUGCGAGUCGGAAGAAAGGUUGAAGUAUCGUCAGAUGCGGAUUUCUGUAGAUGGUGUGCAGCUGGCUUUAACCGAUGAGAGCAAUGUUAUCACGCUCACUGUUGACCCGAUCCGGUUCACCCUUUGCAAUGCCCAUGAGAAGAGAUUCACUGAGCACAUCUGUGUUCGAAUACCGCAAGUGAAGGCUCUCCAAUUGUUCCACCCAGCUGACAGUCCCACUUGGAUUGAAUGUGCACGCGCGAGUAUUUCUGGAGUCUCGCUUGAUGUUGAGCUGCCACAUCCAACUUCGUCUGGCCAGUUAGAUCAGAUGAGACAGGCGUUCAUUCAAAAGCAUGACAAAGAAACGAAACGUCUCCAUUUCUUAUGGGAUGCAACUACGACGGUAUGGAGCUGUGCUUGCUAUGGAGAUACAGCUUUUAUAACCAAAGACGAUCCACUGGGUCAGUACUUUUUAAUUCACUUGGAUCAAAAAUUGUGUGUACAUUCAAUGAACCAGACGCCUGGUGGACAGCCGGGCGUAUUUCAGAAUAUAGUAUAUCCCGAGAAAAAGCUUUUCCGGGAAGAGUUACGGCAAUAUUUUGCGCCAUCACGAAAGACAAGUACUCAGACAGCAAGUGAAGUACCAUCUAUGGAAACAGCAUCGUUCCAUUCAGCAAUGUCGAAAACUAUUCCG